AUGCAACACACUCUCGUGAAACAGUGCACGCCCGAUCUCCGCGCAGAGACUCUAUCAUUGUUUUGUAACCUAAUGCUGGCACAAGCUCAAGAAUGUGUCUACACCAAAGCAUACGAUGAUAAGAUGAACACUGCCGCGCUAGCCAAGAUCUCUGCUCAAACAGCUGAAUAUUACACGGAUUUGAAUAAAAUUAUGAAUUUGGAGGCAGCGAAGAAUUACUGGAAAAAGGACUGGCUAAAUAUUAUUGCUGGAAAAUGCUACGCUUUCCAAGCUAUUGCUCAAAUGCAUCAGGCUCAGGUUAAUCAAAUAAUAAAUUUUUUUUUUGCAAGAAAGUAA